AAUCAUGUACACAUUACCUUACCGUAAGAGUCUGGGGAAAGAGUUAAAAACGUUGCAAAGAUGGUUUUGUCUGUGUCCAAAUUUCUUCAGUGUACCGUGGUAGGGGAUGGCUUUGUGGGAAAGUCUAGUCUGGUAGAACGAUUUCUUGGAGGAGAUUUUAAUAACGAGUAUGUAGCCACGUUACAGGAUGAUUACACUGCAAAAUGCAAAGUCAAUGGGGAGAGCCUGUGUGUGAACAUCACUGAUAUAGCUGGAGAGCAUGAAGACCUGACAUCCAUGGAAAUACCUGACGUUUUUGUCGUCUGCUUCAGCCUUGCGGACAAAGAUUCCAUGGAAAGCGUGCUCAACUUUUGGGUUCCAAGAAUCCAACUCCAAGGAAAAGAAACACCUAUUGUUCUGAUCGGCACUCAAUCAGACAAGAGACGAGCACACAGAAAAGGCCAUAUUUCUACUGAGGAGGGACUCACAUUGGCCAAUUCCAUUGGUGCUGCUGCAUAUGUUGAAUGCUCAGCAAAGGACACCACAGGGGUAGAUGUAGCAUUCUACAGCGUCCUGAUGGCCAGUAACAAGUGCAACAUCGGAAAACCAAGUCUUUUCAAGCGUAUUUUUGAUAGAUGAACUGAUAGACAGAAAUUGAUCCUAUGGUCCUUGUGCCAUAGUUUGAAUUCAUAAUAAUCUGUGGUCAUAUGACGAAUUCUCUCCAGAUUUUUCGUCACUUGGAAUUCUGGAUUCAAGAGUCCUUUCUUCACGAGUCAGACAGGCCUUUGUGCUAAUUGCUGUCAAUCAUGAAAUAUAAAAAGGACAUUUAUUGUGUCCACAUUCACAAUCAGGAAAUAUUACAACAGAAAUGACGAUUUUUAAGACAUUUGAUGUCAUCAUUUUUUCCUUGAGAUUACUAUUGUACAGAGAGGCUUUUGUAUUUUGUACUGCUUGAAUUUUAUUUUUUUGAUGUCACCGAUGAAUCAAAAGGAUAUUUUUGUUACUGGUCAUCGUUUUAAGAAUUUUGUGAAUAAAAACAAUUUUCAUUACAA